GAAUAGUUUCUUGUUUAAUAAUUGAUGAUUAUGAUUCAUCAGUUGAUAUAAUAUUUAAUGAUAAUAAUAAUUUGAUACAAAAAUAUUUUAAUUAUGCUUUUAAAGGAUUAUUAAGAUGGGAUGCAUUUUAUUUUUUACAUAUAAGUGAAGAAGGUUAUAUUUAUGAACAAGAGUUUGCAUUUUUUCCUUUACUACCUUUAUUGGCUAGAAUAUUAGGAGACUUUGCGUUCAUACCUUUGGGAUACUUUUUAACAUAUACACAAGUAUUGUUUUUAUCAGGAGUAUUGAUUACAAAUAUAUGUUUUGUGUUGGCAUCAAUUAAUUUAUACAAGUUAUCCUUAAUCUUAUUUAAAGAUGAAAAAUUUGCGUUUAUUUCAUCAAUAUUUUACAUAUUAACACCAUCAUGUAUUUUUAUGACAUCAAUGUAUACAGAGAGUUUAUUUGGAUUUUUAAGUUUUUUUGGCAUGAGAUUAUUCUAUGAGAACAAAUUGUUUUUUGCCUCAUUAAUUUGGUGUUUAGCCUCUUUUACUAGAUCAAAUGGUAUUGUUUAUAUUGGAUUUUAUGUUUAUGAAGUAAUAAAAGAUUAUUUCAAUAUUAAUGGUAAUAAUGGUGUUAGCAAUAGUGUUGGUGGAAUAGUUUCUUGUUUAAUAAUUGAUGAUUAUGAUUCAUCAGUUGAUAUAAUAUUUAAUGAUAAUAAUAAUUUGAUACAAAAAUAUUUUAAUUAUGCUUUUAAAGGAUUAUUAAGAUGGGAUGCAUUUUAUUUUUUACAUAUAAGUGAAGAAGGUUAUAUUUAUGAACAAGAGUUUGCAUUUUUUCCUUUACUACCUUUAUUGGCUAGAAUAUUAGGAGACUUUGCCUCUUUUACUAGAUCAAAUGGUAUUGUUUAUAUUGGAUUUUAUGUUUAUGAAGUAAUAAAAGAUUAUUUCAAUAUUAAUGGUAAUAAUGGUGUUAGCAAUAGUGUUGGUGGUACAUUCAAGAUCAUAUUCUAUUAUAUUAAAAUCAUUUUGUUAGGAUUAAUUUCAAUAUCUGGAUUUAUAAUAUUUCAAACAUAUGGUUAUUAUCAAUAUUGUACUGAUAAUAGCUUAGAAAGAGAAUGGUGUAAUUCAUACUUAAUUUAUUCAUUUGUACAAUCUUAUUACUGGAAUUGCGGAUUUUUCAAAUAUUAUGAAUUUAAACAAAUUCCUAAUUUUUUACUUGCAAUGCCAAUGAUCUCAUUAUCUGUUUAUGGUAUCUUUACUUAUAUUAAAUAUGAUAUUAAUAGGAUUUUUACAUUAGGAUUGACAAAAAAAAAGUCCGUUAAAGAAGGUAAAUGA